AUCCACUCCUUUUUCAAACAUCUUUACUCUGUCCCCCCACAUUUUACUAGUCUGCCGGACCUCCUCCCAUGGACGUUCGCCGGCGACCAACCGCCACCCCCAAUGCCUCCGCCGGCGAACCUUUCAAACCCCACCAACCCCACAAAUCUCCCAUCUCUCCUCUUAAAGCCUCUGAUGCUCUGCGUCUCCCACUUCCCCUCUACGUCACUAACAGAAUCGUCUUCGCGCUGUUUUUCUCCGUCGCCUACUUCCUCCUCCAUAGGUGGCGGGAGAAGAUCCGCAAUUCCAUUCCCCUCCACGUCGUCACACUUUCCGAAAUUGCCGCGGUUGUUUCCUUGGUCGCAUCGGUUAUUUACCUUUUCGGAUUCUUCGGCAUUGACUUGGCCCAGUCCUUCAUCAACAUCCGGUUCUCCCCUGAUGCUUGGGAUGUCGAUGACCAAACCACUGCCGCCACCACCUCCCCGCCGAAAUUCAUCAUCGAAGACGAAUCCUGUGGGGGAGCUACCAUCGACUGCUCUCUUUCUCCCAAAUUCGUUGCACCCAUCAUGACAAGUUUCCUCCCCGAAGGGAACGAGAAAAUCAUUGAAUCAGUCGUUUCCGGGUCGGUCCCGUCUUACACUCUCGAGUCAAAGCUCGGGGAUUGCAAGCGGGCGGCCAUGAUCAGACGUGAAGCGCUGCAGAGAAUAACAGGGCAGUCGCUGGAAGGACUACCAUUGGAUGGAUUUGAUUACGACUCCAUCUUGGGACAGUGCUGCGAGAUGGCGAUCGGAUACGUGCAGAUGCCGGUGGGGAUAGCUGGGCCGCUGCUGCUUGACGGGAAGGAAUACAUGGUGCCAAUGGCCACGACAGAGGGCUGUUUGGUAGCCAGCACAAACAGAGGAUGCAAGGCCAUUUAUUCCUCCGGUGGCGCCACUUCCGUCUUACUGAAGGAUGGCAUGACUCGAGCUCCGGUUGUACGAUUCGCCACCGCCAAGAGAGCCGCCGAGUUGAAGUUUUUCUUGGAAGAUCCCGCCAAUUUCUGUACUCUUGCUGUUGCUUUCAACAGGUCCAGCCGAUUUGGAAGAUUACAAGGAGUGAAGUGUGUCAUUGCUGGAAAGAAUUUGUACAUGAGGUUCACCUGCAGCACUGGUGACGCCAUGGGCAUGAACAUGGUCUCAAAGGGUGUCCAAAACGUUCUUGAUUUCCUCCAAGAGCAUUUCCCUGACAUGGAUGUGAUUGGCCUCUCUAGCAACUUCUGUUCCGAUAAGAAACCGGCGGCGGUUAACUGGAUUGAAGGGCGGGGGAAGUCUGUGGUCUGUGAGGCAGUCAUCAAGGAAGACGUGGUGAAGAAGGUGUUGAAGACCACUGUGUCCGCCCUCCUGGAACUUAACGUGCUCAAGAACCUCACUGGCUCCGCCGUGGCUGGUGCUCUAGGCGGCUUCAACGCCCAUGCCGGCAACAUAGUCUCGGCAAUAUACAUAGCCACCGGCCAGGAUCCGGCUCAGAAUGUAGAGAGUUCUCACUGCAUCACCAUGAUGGAAGCUUCCAAUGAUGGCAAGGACCUACACAUCUCUGUCACCAUGCCGUCCAUUGAGGUAGGAACAGUGGGAGGUGGCACACAGCUGGCAUCCCAGUCAGCAUGUCUGAACUUACUUGGAGUCAAAGGAGCCAGCAGGGACAAUCCAGGGUCAAACUCAAGACUUCUGGCCAGCAUAGUAGCUGGAUCUGUUCUAGCAGGAGAGCUCUCCCUGAUGUCUGCUAUAGCAGCAGGACAACUGGUGAAGAGCCACAUGAAAUACAACAGAUCUAGCAAAGAGGUAUCCAAGAUUGCCUCCAAAACUUAGAUUUGAGUUCUUCAGUACUUAAUUAAUAAGUAAUUAAUAAGCCCCAAACCCUUCUGAAAAACCCUAAAUGAUCAUUAGGUUAUAGUGUUCAGUUGGAUCACAUGGGAAAGUUGAGCAUAUAGGGGAUGGGGGACAUGAAUAAACACUAUUUACCCACCAUUACCAAAGCCCGCACUUUUCCUUCAAAAUCAAGUAACACCCAUGUGAAGAUGGGUCUCUCUUUUCAAGGUGUAUAAAACAAAUUAAAGAGGACCAUGGGGGAAGAGAAAUCAACUCUACUUGUUUGCACCAGAUUCUUUGGUAUCUUUUGCCCUCCAAUCAAGGGGCCUAUAAUUAAUCUUGCUGUUAAUUGUCAAUUUCUUAGCUUGUAAUCUUAUUGUUGUUUGUCAACUUUUGUAUAUGAUUCAGCCACUUGAUUGAUUAAUAAUUAAUUAAUUAGUGA